AAAAGCCUUGCUUGGAAAUGGUUUCGGAUGUUUUUGAAUUAUGUUGUCGUGAUUAUUCCAAUGAUUAUGUCCACCAUGGUCCAUCCAAUGAAUGAGCUGCAAUGCUCCUCAGGGAGACACCAAUGUCAAUGAUCUGUCGGCCGGGUAGAAAAGCAGUGAUGAAGACGAUCCUGUUACUCAUCUACCUAGCCUUGCUCUGCGGCUCGGCCUGGUGCGAAGACUUGUACCGAACGCUGGGAGUUUCUCGAUCAGCGAAUGCUGCUCAGAUCAAGCGUGCUUACAGACAGCUAGCCAAAGAAUGGCACCCUGAUAAGAACAAGGGCAGUGGUGCCCAGGAAAAGUUCAUUCAGAUCAACCAGGCGUAUGAGGUGCUGAGCGAUGAGCGGAAGAAGAAGAACUAUGAUAUGUAUGGUACAACAGAUGGUGCCCCUCAGCGACAGCAGCAUGACUUCCGUUUUCACGGACAGCGGGCACACGGCCGGCACCAGGAGUUCUUUGUUUUCCGCGACGCCAGAGGCCAGAGCUUCUUCUUCCACCGGCCACCCCAGCCCAGUUGGCUUGAUAGCAAUUACUUGCUUUUGCUGGGAGCUGCCCUGGCCUUGAUGCUCUUGAUCCCGAUGCAAGCUGGCCAGCAGGCACGAGACGGGCAGCAGCAGAACGGCCAGCGCCGGCCUCACGAUCACCGUGCAGCGCAUGGCACACAUGCUGACGGGAUUGCUGAAGCGCAAUGCACACGCCUUGAUGAGGCCAGCUUCGAGUCGUUUCGAAUGCUUCCGCCCGGCCACAUUGUUUUCUUGCUUCUAGUUGAUAAGGACCCAACGUUGGAGAAGAACACUCCGGACUCGGCGGUGAUAAGCUCUUUUCUCGGUGCGACUUCGCAUUAUCACGGUAAUCAACGCUAUCGCUUUAUGUACUUAGUGCUCUCAGAGCAUGGAGACUGGUGCGAUGAGCUCGUUAGUUUGCUGGACCCAUCCUGCUUUGAAGAUGACGAUCAGCUGGAAUGGCAAGCAGGUGUUGUGCUCGCUCUAAAUCUCCACCGCCGCUAUCUCAGCGUAUUCAAGCCCAUUGAGGAGUCGCAGUUGCGCGCCGAGGACGACAGUGUGAAUGAUUUCUUGGGCGUGAGCUCUCCCGACUGGCAAGCUGGGCUCGACUCGCCUAGCGCUGGUCACGCUGCGGCCGAACGCCUGUCUCAGGACCUCCGUAGCCGCCUGCCGCUCUGGAUGGACCGGCACAGCGAUGGCAGUAUUCCUCGCCUGCAUGUCGACAAGUGGCCAGUCUUUGUCAGCUAGCAUCGAUGCUAGGCAUUCUCGUCUUGUGUGGUGUUAUCUUGAGCUUCCAGACCUAUUGUUUUUCACUAACUUACUCCACUCUCCAUGAUAGGUGCUGCUGGCCAGCCGUUGUGAAUUUUUUUAAACCUGUAAUAAUUAUUUCCCACUGUCAAUGAGCAGCUCAGUUAAGGGGAGUAUUGUCUGCUCACAUUUUCGGACGAGUCGUUUCAAAGUGAAGGCCCAUUGCGGUAUCUGAUUAACAGUGAUUAUUGGAGACAUUGAAUUGCUACCACAUUUGGUUCUUUUCA